AUGACUGUCAACGACUCCCAGUUUGAAUCUGCCCCUAGCAGCAAUCCUCGGGAUGGCCAUUCCUUCACCACCACCGCCCCUGCUCAUCAAAAGCUUCACCUCAGUCCCCCGAGCGAGGACAUGGUUCGCCGUGUGCCCUCCCGCAAUGAGAUGAACAUCCACCACAUCACCGAAGAUCUCUCCUCCGCCCCCUCCACCACCUUCACAUACUUCACCCCUGACACGGAUGAAUGCUACAUCGGCAGUCUCCCCCUCCCGUCCUCGUCACUCACACCGUCCCUAAUUCUCGAGUCAUCCUCCCAUCUUGAGCGGAUCCCCGACGGUCUCAUCUAUCCCCUCAUGCCAGGGAAGCCUCUCAUGGCGCUGAUUAUCGCGCCUGACUCACCCCCGGAGGACUCAGAGACAGGAGCGUACUUCAUCCGGCGGCCCAAUCUUUUGAAUUUUGACACCAAAGACAAGGACAGGGCAGAGCAGCAGCAGGCCAUGCUCCUCAGGGAGGCUGUUAUUCUCCAGCAGUUGGCGCAGCAUGGCCAUCCAAACAUGAUUCGCUAUCACGGCACAAGAACCAGGAGAGGGAGAAUCACGGGAUUGGUGUUUGACAAGCAUCCUUACACCCUGUUGGAGUACCUGGCCGAGGUGAAGGAGAAGGGCAAAGGAAACGAGAUCGAGGUUGAGUCGUUCGUGAUGGGGUUGGAGAGUGUGGUGAGCAGGCUGCACCAGCUGGGUCUGGCGCACAACAGUAUUCGGGCUGAGAACAUUGUUGUGGGGAGAGGCGAGGGUGGCGAGGGGGUGAGGGCGGUGCUGGUGGAAUUUAGCAAGUGCUUGCCUUUUGGCAAGAAGUUCAGGACAUCGUAUGACGGGGAGCUCAAGGUUUCGUCAAAGGAGAACGAUCGCCAGGCAGUCAAGGACUUCAGGUCAUGGCUGGAAGGGGUGGUUGACCCCACGCUGAUCACCCCUACACAGGACGACCAGCCUGCCAGUAGUUGA